AUGAAUAGUUUAAACAGUUGUUGUAAAUUCCUUGGUAACAGAUGUCUUUUUAAACCCAUUAAUAGGGCUUCAUUAAAAAUUUCUGCUUCCGUCUUAGAAAAUGGAGAACGUAGUAAAUUUCGUUCACCAAUACAAUCACUUCCUAAAAAUCAAUUUGCAAGAUAUGGUGGUAGACAUACAGUUACAGUACUUCCUGGAGAUGGAAUUGGACCAGAAAUGUUUGAAAUUGUUCAAAAGAUAUUUACUUUUACUAACGUACCUGUUGAUUUUGAGGAAUGUAAAAUUGACUCAAAAUCAACAAAUCAAGAAUCAGAUAUGGAAAAUGCAAUUAUGUCUAUUAAAAGAAAUGGUGUAGCUUUAAAAGGAAAUAUUGAGACCAAAUUUGAUGAUCCAAAUUUUAAAGCAAGAAAUGUUGAAUUAAGAAAACGAUUAGAUUUAUAUGCAAAUGUUUUACAUUGUACUUCAAUUCCAUCUGUACCAUCAAGGCAUAAGGGUAUAAAUAUUCUUAUGAUUAGAGAAAAUACAGAAGGUGAAUACUCAGGACAUGAACAUGAAACUGUUCCUGGUGUUGUUGAGUCAUUAAAGAUUUGUACUAGAGAAAAACUUGAAAGAAUAUCACGUUUUGCAUUUGAAUAUGCUUUAGCUCAUAAUAGAAAACGGGUUACUGCUGUUCAUAAAGCAAAUAUUCAAAAAUUAGGUGAUGGAUUAUUUUUAAAAAUUGUUGAAGAUAUAGCUAAAAAAGAAUAUCCUUCUAUUUCAUUUGAUAGUAUGAUUGUUGACAAUGCUUCUAUGCAACUUGUCUCAAGACCACAACAAUUUGACAUUAUGUUGAUGCCAAAUUUGUAUGGUAAUAUCAUCUCAAAUAUUGCUUGUGGACUUGUUGGAGGUCCAGGUUUAGUAUCAGGAAUGAAUGUUGGAACUAAGUAUGCUGUUUUUGAAACCGGAACACGUAAUACCGGAUGUACAAUUUCUAAACAAGAUAUCGCAAAUCCAACUUCUUUUAUUCGUGCAAGUGUUGAUAUGCUUCAUUAUUUAGGACUACAUGAUUAUGCACAUCUCAUUAGUGAUGCUCUGUUUGAUGCUAUCGUAGUCAAACAGAUUCAUACUAGAGAUAUUGGUGGAACAGCCAAAACAAGUGAUGUUGUAAAUGCUGUUAUGCGUAAUAUUGAAGAUUCAAGCAAACAUGAACAUUUUAGUACCAAAUAUUAA